UCGAAGAUCUCCAUUGAUAACGGCAACUGAUUCUCGGAGGCAUGGACGAAGUAGCCGAAGCAGUGGAGAAGACGAAGAGAGAAUGGGAAGACGCGUACGAGAAGACGAUCGGGCACAUCAUGGCGAUACAAGAGUACGGCAGAUCCAGAAGGGGAGGAGACGAUGAAGGAGGGAAGAUUUCGCUGCAGAGGCUCAACGGAUUGGCUCAGGACGGUCUCUCUCUCCUUGAUUCUCUGCAAUUCAACUUGGAUCUUCUCGCUCCUCAGCUUCCUUCCGAUGAUCAGGUUCAAUCCGCUCAGACGCUGCUCGAUUCAUGGAAGAAUCGAUACAACAGUUUGCGGAUAAAUCUUAGAAAUGCUAACUUGCAAGCAAAGGAUAACAUAAGGAAAGCUGCUCAGGAAGAGAGAGAGCUUCUUCUGGGUGGCGGAACGGAGUCCACAGUUCGCAGACGUAACCUACAGACAAAGGCUGGCAUGACAUCAGCUGCUGAAGGCAUCACUGAAAGUCUCCGGCGGUCGCGACAGCUGAUGGUUCAGGAGGUCGAAAGAAGUACAAACACACUCAUGACUUUUGAGGAAUCUACCGGAGUACUUAAAAAGGCUGAGAGUGAAUACAAGGGACAUCGGUCGUUGUUGUCGAGGACCAGGAAUCUACUUUCGACAAUGCAACGCCAAGAUGUAAUUGAUAGGUUAAUUCUCGUAGUUGGAUUUCUCCUUUUCUCUUGCGCUGUCCUAUAUGUUGUUUCCAAGCGCAUUGGAAUCCUGAAACUACAAAGAAUGGCUACCGCCGCCAUAAAAGCAGCUGGAAUGGCUGGAAAAGCAGCAAAUGGGGCGGGAGGGGUAGGAGAUGGUAUGCAUCUCGGAAAAUUAGAUGGAAAUGCAGUUCCAAAUGUUAUUAAUCCUCAAGAACAACGCAUGCACGACGAACUUUAAGGUCUUGUUGUCUUUUCUCUUGUAUAUCAUACUUUCUAAGUUUCUAUACUGGGCGAGAGUAGCACUAGGAAUCAAGUACUGUGUUUGUCUUCCUCCUCUGCAAUCACUUUCGAUGGAUUCAAAUAUAUUCAUUUCUCAUUUGCUUA